AUGGCCCGCCAGGACCUUGUUCGAAGUGGUUGCAGGCUUAGAAUUGGCAACGGAAGAAUGACGAGAGUCUGGGACCACCCCUGGUUGCCUGAUUCCCAUGACCCUUUCGUUCACUCAGAUCAGCUCGCGCAACAUCCUGAUUUGAUGGUGGCAGAUUUGAUAAAUUAUGACCAGGGGAUUUGGAAUCAGGAAUUAAUAUCGCAAAUUUUUAUUCCCAGGGAUGCUGGCUUAAUUUUACAAACCCCGGUGUGUGUGGAUUUUAAAGAUGAUUGGUACUGGACAGGUUCCCCCAAAUGGAGAAUAUUUCUUUGGAGAGCUAUCACAAAUAUUUUGCCAACAAUUACUAACCUGGUUAGAAGAAGAGUGGAGAUCCCGAAUGUGUGCCCUGCUUGUGGGGUGCUUGAAGAGGAUGUUAUGCACAUUUUAUGCAAUUGUGUUUAUGCUAGACUGGGUGGAGCUUUGGCUUGGGAAUUCAGCAAUAUCUGCUGGUUUUCUAAAAGAUCAAAUAUGUGGAAUACUCUACGAAAUAUGGAGGGCCGGAACAUGGCGGUUUGGAAUCUCGCGUUGCCUUCCCCAAUACACCUUUGCGUCUCAUUUCACCGCACCUGGUCCGCCUGGACCAAGUCUACUGCCCACGGCAGUGUUGCGCCCUUGCCGAGCCAUAUUACUGCUCUGCCGUCACCAGCGUCCGAACUGCUGCCUGCCAUGCAACAUGAACCUGCCGCGUCACUCCCCCAUAAUGCCGUACUAUGCUCUACGGACGCCGGGUUCUAUGGAUCCCAACACGCCCCAACAUUCGGCUUCUAUGUGCGUAGCCCGGGAGGUGUUUUUAUUGCAGCGGUAAAUGGCCCACUCUCUUGCCCAUAUGAUCGUCUUUUAGCCGAAGCUAUGGCAAUACGUGAGGCUCUCUCAUGGCUACAGGACCACAAUUAUCACAAUAUUGUUAUCUUGACAGACUGCGCAGUUCUCGUGGAUAGCUUUCGGGACGUCACUUCUUAUCGUUCGUAUCUUGGCAUUAUUUUAGAUUCCUGUUCACGUUUACUUAAUUCUUUCUCAGCUCAUUCUAUUAAGUUUGUACGCAGAGGCACCAACUUGGUUGCUCAUGCCUUAGCUAAACAUGUAGGAGCGAUUCAUGCCCGUUCAGUCUGGAGGGACUCCCUCCCAUCUUUCAUUCCUUCUGAGUUAAGUUAA